GGCUUCACGCCGUUGUAUGAGGGGGAAACGCGUGCGGUCAGUGGGCAGGUAAAAACACAGCGUUGAGGGAUCGGAGAGGACUUUUCUAUUUUGUACAUACAUUAUUUUGUAUAUACCGUUUAUGAUGACUUCAGUGGUCACUGAUGCUGCCAGGGGCAAUCGGGACAGAGCCCCACCACAAACCACACACACCUCACAGCCACAGAAACAGAUUCAGGCCACAGCAGAACAGAUUCGGCUUGCCAAGAUGAUUGACAAAAAAGAUGCGGAUUUUGAGAAAAAAGUCCAACAGCUCAUGGAGGUUACAGGCAAAAAUCAAGAUGAGUGUAUGGUGUCCCUUCAUGACUGCAAUGGGGACGUCAACAGGGCUAUUAACUUUCUGCUGGAGGAGGUCACUGUCAAGGACUCAUGGGAGACUGUUGGUAAAAAGAAAAGUGUUGGAAAAGAAGGCAUUGCACCAGAGGGUAGAGAGAAAAAAAGUGAAAGGGAAGGCAGAGGCCGUGGGGGUCCAAACAGACGUGGCAGAGGGGCCAGUCGCAACCAGGAAGGGCGGUCGGAAGAGAAUGGCUUUGAAUCGGCUCAAGUAGAGAGAGGAGGAGAGCGCGGGCGCAGAGGAAGGGGGAGAGGUGUUGGAGGCAGAGGAAGAGGCAGAGGAGCUGGAAUAAGCAGGUCCUCUCAGGGAAUCGGUAGGACUUUCAACCCUGCUGACUACACAAGUUCUGCUGAGGCUGGAAAUGAGACUACUGAAGGAGCAGGAGCCUGGAAAGACAAUCUGGAAGACUGGGCUGCUGAAGACUGGAACGAAGAUCUAUCCGAGACCAAAGUGUUCACCGCUUCCUAUGCUCUUAGCUCCAAAAACCACAUGGAACCUGGCCAGGGUUUGGAUCUCAGCUCUCUGUUGCCUAAGGUGACUGAGGGCAACUCUGAGCUGCUUGGGAUGGAGCCGUCAUGCCCUGAUACUCUCACUCAGAGUCUGGUGUUCACCAACUCCCAGCAGCACAACAGCAGAGCGCACACACACAGCUACGCUUCUGCUGCUGCUGGCACUUAUGCACAUGCCGCAUCGUCCAUGGUGGGAUCCAGGCUCCCUCAGAGUGAUGUACAGAGAAUUGAACCAAUCAUCACACCCCGAAUCACCCCUUUGUCCAAUCAGGUUUCAGUGCCCCUCAGCAGUGGUUCUGCAUCUGUUGAAUCCACUGCUUCAUUGCCUCUCGAAUCCACACCUACUGUGAUUGAGCCCAAGGAGACCCCUGUUACAACAGCUCACCUGGACCUAAAGGCCCAACCUGACCCGUCCCCCAUCCUGAGUCAUCUGUCCCAGCAUCAGAACGCUGCACUCCAGUCAGACCUGCCAACUCAGGCCCGAGAUCCAGCCCCACUUCCUCCACAUGAUGGGACUACUCACACACUGAAACCCCUCUGUGAGCCUGUCUUCACGAUGGCGGAGUUGUCACAACCCAGAAACAUCAGACCACAGAAACGAAGAGUGCCCCCUCCAUCUAAGAUCCCCUCUUCUGCAGUAGAGAUGCCAGGCUCUGCUGAUGUGUCUGGGCUGAACGUGAAGUUCGGUGCGCUGGAUUUUGAAUCUGAAUCUGCCGUGGAGAAUCUCAACCAAUCAGAAAGUCAUCAUCAAGAACCAGUGGCGGAGGCUCCAACUCAGUGCAGCCUAUACACCAAACCAACUGCCAUCAGUGAGUCUUUAGGUAGCUUGCCUCCAGCAGCAAUGGAGCCCAGUUACCCCUCAGCAUCUCUGGGUUUACCAAGCACUUCAGUCCCUCCUGCCUUGAGUCCAUCUUCAACCAGCAGAGUGGAAUCAUCCAGCACCACCCCUCUAAGUAAUGGAUUCACUGAAAUGAGGACAUCCAGCACACAGGAAGCAGUUCCGUCAAGCACCCCUCAGACUGUAUCCGCUGUUCUGCCCACCGAGAACGGGUUGCCGUCUUCAUCGCUUACAUCUUCCUCUUCAUCCGCACCGCCUGCCCUCAGCGCACCCCUUCCAUCACUUAGCAGUCAUGUGAGCAGUGUUAACUCCCCUGCUGCUUCUGGACCCACCAGCUCUUCCCUAAAUAUUGGCACCGAUGUGAAUGUGAGCUUGUCAACAUACUCUGGCUCUGUGUCAAGCGUGUCCAGCUCAGCGGUCAUCUCGAAUGGCCUGAGCACAGGAACCCAGAGCAUCACCACUAAUGGCCCUUCUGCUCCCUCUGCAGUUCGUUCUGCACCUCCUCAGACUAACAUCACACCCUCCAACAACACUGGUAAAGCGCCUCCAAAUUUGGCACAAGGAGUACCGCCACUGCUGCCCAGUCAGUACAUCAUGGGCCCUGGUGGCCUCCUCCCUGCUUAUCCGCCAAUCUAUGGAUAUGAGGAUCUACAGAUGAUGCAGUCACGAUUGCCCAUGGAUUACUAUGGCAUGUUUCCUGGUACAGCACUAGCUGGCAGAGAUGGAGGAUUAGCAAGCAAUCCCUACUCAGGUGAGCCUACCAAAUUUGGCCGCAGUGACUCCAACUCCCCAGCCCCUGCCACCAGUCUCUCCACAGUGCCCCCCUCUCAGACUCAACAGAAUGCUGUCCCCCCACAAAAUCAAGGGCCGCAGAAUCCAGGUCAAGCCCAGCAGGGUCAGACCCAGGCCUUCCUCAACCCACCUCUCCCUCCAGGUUAUGGCUAUACCAGCCUGCCCUACUACCCCGGGAUGCCAGGAAUGCCUAGUGCCUUCCAGUAUGGCCCCACUGUUUUCAUGCCCCAAACAUCUACAAAGCAACACAACAUGGGCCCAUCCAGCCAAUACCAGCACCAGGCUGGAUACAGCCAGCACACAUAUGGACCAGGUUUUGAUGAGCUGUCCCAGGCUCAUGCUGGCGGAGAAUAUGGGAAAGUAGGAUAUGGAGGGAAUUCCCUGUCACAGUCCAAAGUGGUCAACAAUAAUACAGGAAAAGCACCAGGACUGUCGGGAUCUACGAGUUCAGAGCUCACUGGAACAGUAUAUAGCAAGAACCAGACUUUUGAAAAGCAGGGUUUCCCUACAGCAGCUGGCCCUGCAUUUAGCCUGCCCUCCGCUCUGGGAGGAACCGGCCCCCUUAACCCUGCAGGAGCCCCUGGAUACGCACCCGCACCCUUUCUUCAUAUCCUGCCCCAUCAGCAGGCCCCCUCACAGUUACUGCACCACCACAUGGGUCAAGACACACAGGGCCAACGCAGUCAGUCCAACAGCAUGCAGAAGAGCCAGAGCAAGUCCAACUACAGCAGCUCUCCUUACUGGACUAACUGAAUGCAGCGUUUAUACUGUUAACGAUGACAAAAGCCCAAAUCUGUGUGUCCGCUCUGUCCUGCCUCUAACACGAGAUGCUAUAUAUACUCAUACACUGUAUCAGUUUCCCCACCCCCCUCCUCCAAAGUUCUCCUCUACUUCUCCAUUUUCUUCCUUCUCUGAAUUAGGUUGUUCAUGUAAGAUAUUUAUGUAAGUAUUUAUAUAUACUGUAAAUGUUACAAAAGAAAAAAAACUGAACGUGGUCAAUGCGGUCACUCCAUUUUAUUUUUUUGAAGGACUUUUGUUUUUGUUUGUUUUAACUGCAAAGAUGUAGCAAAAAAUAAAGGAAGCAUUUUGAGAAACUUCAAAGGCAUUGCAGUUAGAACUUAAGAGCACUGAUGGUGGAGGAGGGUGAACUGUAGGCGUUUUAUCUUUUCAGACAUCUUGAGAGGCUUCACAAACAUCAAGAGCGCACCACUCAUGAGUGCUUUCCUCUAGGGAUUGUUCUCCAGUAUAAUGGUUCUGAAAUGUUGGUCCUUGAAGGAAAAAAACUGCCCAUAAAUUUUAUAUUUUACUCUUAUUGCCAUCUGAAUAAAGGUUCUGAGCUAUUCACUCA